AUGAACGGCUCGGGAUUUGAUAUGAGGCUCGGCAUCGAGAGCGCUCUUCGACGCGCGCUUCCGUACGGCGGUCUUCCCGGCAAUGACUCGCCGCAGACGGCCUUCUUCGACGCGGCCACCGAGGGCGACCUCCGCCGCCUCAGAGAGUUGGCGAGCGGCAAGGACGCGGAGGAGAAGGCGUGGCUUGCGGAUGUGUCCAUCCAAGGUGUUGGGCCGUUUCAGGCCGCCGCGCGCCUGGGAAAAGUUGAUUGCUGGAAGCAAAAUUGGUGUAAUGCGUUGGCUGCUGCUGCAUUGGAUGGAAAAAUGGAUGUUGUUAGGUACCUUCUUGACAACGGGGCAGAUCCAAAUAAGAAAGACGACGCAGGCUCUGUUCCUCUUCACUGUGCUGCAAAAUUUGGGCAUCACGAAGCAGCAAGACUAUUGCUAUCUAGAGGAGCUAGUGUUGAUAUAGCUUAUUUUCAUGGGACACCACUACAUAUUGCUGCUUACUAUGGGAAGGCCAGUGUCAUGAAAGUCUUAUUGGAGCACCAUGCAGAUGCAGGUGCAGAUGUAAAUUCUACUAAUCCCGAUACUGCCUUGGUAGUGGCAACUACUUACGGGUUAACUGACUGCAUGAAGUACUUGCUAAAGGCUGGUGCAGACCCUAAUAUCCCAAAUAGUCAUUGUGGUGCCAUGCCAAUACAACUCGCAGCAAGCUGUGGAAGAAGAAAGCAUGUGGAGUUACUAUUUCCUUUAACUUCUCCCAUUCGAACUAUAUCAAACUGGACUGUUGACGGAAUUCUUGCUAAUGCCAAAUGAAAACACUCCAAGCCCAGGGAUGAGGAAGAUGAUGACAAUACCAAAGUCCAGCUGAAAUUAUGCGGUGAGGAAGCUGUUAAGAGAAAGGACUAUCGUGCCGCGUCAAUGUUCUACACCGAGGCAAUUGAGUUGGACCCGACUGAUGCAACACUGUAUUCGAAUAGGAGCCUGUGCCACAUGCAAAUGACUGAAGUAGAUAUGGCUUUGCUUGAUGCUAAUACUUGCAUUGAAUUGCGCCCUGAAUGGUUGAAAGGCUACUACAGGAAGGGAGUUGCUCUCAUGUUUCUCAAGGAGUAUAAAGAAGCAUGUGAUGUUUUCAUGGCUGGACUGAAGCUGGACCCUGGAAAUGCCGAGAUGGAGAAAUCAUUACGGGAGGCUGUCGAGGCCAUGAAAAAGGACCACUUCGCUAGAAAAAGCUUCAAACCAUCUGAUUAGAGAAACAUGUCGGCUCUGGAGGUCGUGCAACCCGUUUUAGAUGCCAUAGUAGAGGCAUAUUGCAAGUGUUAGAGGUAGAAUUCUCAGUGCGUAGCCUUGUUAUGACUCUGGUUUGUCAAUGGGCACUGUUUAGCAUGAUAUAUUGAUAUUAGUCUGGUUGUCAGGUUUGUGAUGGCAUUGGUUAGCCUUA